GCCGUCAGCGCUGACAGCGGGGCUAGCGGCCCCGACUCUCGGCCGCACUCGCCGGCCUCUGCUACUCCGCGUCACUCCGACUCCCUUCACACAGCCGCCUUUGUCUCUCUGCGUGCGCGUCCGCUUCCCCCCCUCCCCCUGAAGGCCCCCCCCACCCUUACUCCCCCCCCCCCCCUACAUCUCCUUCCCUCGUCCCUUCCCCGUCGCUAUCCGCUGGCCCGCGCCGACCCCGCUUCGCUUCAGCCAUCGCCUUUAACCCUCGCCCUACCCGCAGCUCCGGCCGCCAUUUAACGCGGCCGAGCUGCUCCCAUCAUCACCACCAUCACCACCACCAGUAACCAUCAUCACCACUAGUAUCAUCAUCAUCACCACCACAGACGUCGUCGUCGUCAAAGCCAAGGAGUGGUAUUCGAGCCUCUUGUAGAGCCUCGUAGGCUCGCACACGCCCACAUAAAAGCGUCGUGUACGGGUGGGGGGGGGGUUCUGCUUUCGUGACGGACGAGAAGAGAGGAGGAGGAGGACAGUGCCAGGAGGAGACGCGCAGGCGAGGACGAGGGCAGCAACAGCGGGGAGACGAAGCAGGAGCGGCACCGAGAGGAGAGGAAUCCGAGGGAGAGGUUCCGAGGAGCCACCAUGGGCGACACCGGGAGCGAGGGCAGCGAGGCCCCGCGUUGUCAGCCGCGCUGCCGCUGCGGCUUCUGGGGAUCUACCAAGACAAUGAAUCUGUGCUCCAAAUGCUUCGCUGACUACUUGAAGAGCAGGGAUGGCGAGGGCAGCUCAUCGAUGGCGCCUACGCUGGGCGACGGUGGCGCCAGCGAUUCCAGCGCUUUGCCCACGGAGCUGCAAGGUUCCCCUAACCUGCCCUGCCGUGGUGGCACAGCCUGCGCACCGCAGCUGGCGACCGUUACGGACGUGGCCGAUGCCCCGGCCUCUCCAGCCGGCGCCAGCAUCACCGCCACUGCUACAGCCGAGACGACGCAUGCGCAGCCUUGCGCCCAACUGCAGCCGUGUCCCGCCCCGAAGCCAUGUGAGGGGGCGAGUACCGCUAGCGAAGAGGCAACGGGGGCUGCCCCCUCUUCCCUGCCAGCGCCUUCGUCUCGCCUAUUGGCGCCCGUCGCGGAGAUCGCGCUAAUCUCCAGCGCAGAGCUGGAGCGCGUGAGUCCACCCCGGGAACCGCAGCCUGCACCAUCGAGGGAGCCCGAAGCAGGAAGUUCCACCUCGAUGUCACCAUCCAGCCGUUCCACAAACCAGGACUCCAGAGAGACGGAGAGCCCUGUCUCCAGAUUGCGUGACAUCCCUUUGAAGAGACUUCAUGACCCAGACUGCGUUGACGGCGAGUCAGGCAGCGAUUCCCCAGCCAAGAAGACUUGCGGAGACAAGGACGAGGAUGAGGAGGAGAAGGGCAGGGCCAAGCAAAAGAACAAGCGCCGCUGCUUCACGUGCCGAGCCCGCCUGGAGCUUGUGCAGCAGGAGCUGGGCUUGUGCCGCUGUGGGUUCGUGUUCUGCAGCCUGCACCGCCUGCCGGAGCAGCACGCGUGCACCUACGAUCACAUGGGCCACGGGCGGCAGGAGGCCCUGCAGAAGAUGGUCAAGCUGGACAAGAAGGUGGGCCGGUCCUUCCACCGCAUCGGCGAGGAGUGCUGUUGAGAGCGCGCCGCUGUGCAGCGACGAAAAACUUUUGGUUUCAACAAGCGCCACUCAGCUUUCUCUCCUUACUGCAAACAACGGGCCGACCUUGGGGGAUGCGUCGAAUCUUAAAAAAAAAAGUUCAGUUGUACGAUGAUUUCAGCUGUGAUUGGUUAUUGUUAAGCUAAAAUAAAAGCUCGGCUAUAUGAUAUUUACUUAUUUGUACAAUAUAAUUUUUUUUUUACUAUUGAUCGAAAUAGUGACGUUUAUUUCUGCAGCAAUUCGCCACUGCCACGAUGCAGUGGUCGUGGCGUGGAGGUUUUAAGAGUGCCUGCCUCGGAUGUGCUAGAACGUAAGAGUGAGCUUGAUAUGUGUCGGCAGGUAGGCGUGUGUACCCUGGCAAUUAAAUACGUUGACAUUUAAGCGUACCUCGGCUUGGCGCGUGCUGUUAAUUGGUGGAAGCGUGUACACGUCCUCCGGUGGAGCUUCCUGCUAUUAGAGGAGAGGGCGGUGGUAGUUGUGGGGAACGCAAGGCCACUUCUUCAGGACGAGUGGCUUGGAACUCAGUUCCAGGAGACCAGGUUUCAGGCCACUGUUGCACAUUAAACUAGUGUGACUGAAAUGGCUUGCACAGUUUAGUCGGUGACAUUUUCAGGAUUUGAUCUUGUGCCUAUGCAGUAAGGCUGGUAAAACAAACAAACUAAUUACCAUGUGGAUGGUUCACCCUCAGAAUACUGGAAUAACUCAAUUAUAUGUGGUGGGAAGUAUAUAUAUUUUGUAAUUCUGUUGCUUAGCCAAAAAUGUGUGAAUAAGCACAUUUCAAGUGCACCCUUAGAACAUCGUAGGCUUUUUCCUGUACAGUUUUCUCUCUACGAUCUGCAGGGACCCAACAAGUAAAAUGCCUCAUUUUGCCGAUUGGCUGGCGUGGCACCAACGCCCUCUACCUGCUGUGCCCAACCCAUGGCCUGAAACUGAUCGUCUGAGACUAAGCUUGAAACCACAAAGUGACUCCUUCUGUCCCGAUGCUUCGGAGCCGAUGAGGUCCGUAAGCCAAGUUUUGUUUGCUCGGAUCUGCAUUUGGCCAGAUAAGAUGACUCAAAAGGAAUUGUAUACGAAUUUUUUGGUGAAAAGCAGGUAAUGCAAUUUUCAUGAAUAUGUUUUGUAGACGUAUAUAUAUACCAGAAAUAAGAUCACUAACAUAGCUCGACAUUAUCAGUCCGUUAGACCUUUUUUGUAUGUUUCCUUGACCGUUAUUUUAGAUUAUUCCCAUACCAAUAUAUUUAUAAAUUGCUUAAAUCUGGAAUGGUAUCGGGGUAAUGUAAACUUUGGGAAAUUUACGGUGAAUAUGAUCUUUAAAUAUAUACCAUAAUCUUAUGAUUCAGGUGGGCAUAUUUUAAAUGUCAGAACAUUGAAAUUGUCAGGAUUGGUAAAAAAAAGCCCUUUGUUUUCUAAGAAGCAUAUAAUCCUCCUGCUUGCUUGUAAUACAGCUUUGAGAAUAACACAGUAUUUUAGGGAUAAUUUCACUUAUUUUGUUUCCACAAUUUUUUUUUUAUCAAACGGGAGCGUUUUCUUUGCUUUUACUCACCCUGUUUGUCUUUCCCAGGUGUAAAGUGCUCCCCUGGCCUGCAAAUGUUUUGCCAAAGCUGUUAAUAGACACGAGGGGCCGAUGGCCUGGUGGGGGAGCUCACUUUAUUUAACUCUUCCGUUGUCUCUUGCCGAAUCCUCGACUUGCAACAAACACAUAAGCCGUACAAUAACUCCGCGCGUCAACAUCAAGUAUGCCAAGGAAACGUUUUGUACUCCAAAGAUGAACAACUUUGUUUAAGACUUGAGGAGUGGAGACUUUACGUUCAAUACCAAGACCGGCCAACUUAAAAAAAAAGCAAUUUUGGUUGGAACAAUGUUUGUACUUUUGUCAGAUGUUGACACUUCAGCAGCAGUCGCACACAAUUGAUUAACAUUCAUCGAUGUUAAUCCUUGCUGGGAGUUAAACGGUCUACAUUUUGACCGGCUGGAUCCUCUGCGAGGUGACUUUCUGAAUGCCAUAAAGCUCAACUUUCAUGUCAUCUCUCCAAAGAGGAGGAAAAAUAGUUUAUUUGUCAUGAAUGUCGCCGAAUAAAAAAAAAGGAAAGCCCAGAUGUUUAGAUAAUAAAUGUAUGUAGAUACUCUUGCCCCUACCAGCAAUGAUUAGUACACAAACGCGGAGGGUUCUGACUUGGGCGUGUCUUUUAAGGACCGUGCCAUCUUAAGAUGAUUACUGUCCAUAGCGGAGUUUUCAAAUUAGCUUUUUUUUUGCUCUAAAAAGUGAGUAAAAUUGGAUUUGUACAAUCAGUUGGACAAUAAAACAAUACAUACUGCCUUUAAAAUGUUUCUCACUCAAAACCAUAACAUUUACACAUCCCGUCCGCAAAAUAAAUGCAUCCAUCACGCAGUGAAUGCGUAGACGGGGAAAUAUUGUUUGAAUUUGUGUCAGUGGAGUCGUUUAUCUGACUUCUGAUUGGAAACCUGGUGCAUGUAUAUGUAGUUGCUUGGGAAUAUGAAAUGGUACCCAGGAUAUGUUGCGGAGAGCGCUGCUUCUGCUGGCCUCCUGGUGCCUUUGGAAGAGUGUGCAGAGAAGUGACGUAGUGCUGUUAACACGGGCCCUGGUGCAAGGAAAUUAAAUGCCCCCCCUCCUAUCUAAUUUCUUCCCCCGCCUUCCCCUCUUCAUAGCCUGGCGAUUGGGCCCCUCUGGCCCAUGGGCCCUGGUGCAAUUGCACCGUCUGUACUCUGGUUGGCGAUGCCGCUGGCGCAAUUGCAGUUGGUGGCCAGGCCCCUGUGCGUGCACGCAUAAUCCGAUGACAGUUUGGUCUUUGCAGGUUCUUCUCGGUUGCAUGUUUACUUUGCCGAAACACUGACAUAUUAAACUAUUUGUACAUAGAUCUGUGGCUAUGAAGGUGCUAAUUUUUUUCUCUCUAAUAAACCUUGAACAUUAAAAUGCAAAA